AGGAGCCGGCGGCGUGCUCGCUUGAUGAUGGCCGCUGGCGUACGCUGCGUGUUCUCUUCUCUUAGCUGCUGAGGUACCCGCGGCUGCUUUCCGAGUGGGUAGCGAGCCCCUCCGGCUUGUUCCUUGUCCUGUCGUCCCGGACUGUGCAUCCGUGGCUCCAACCUGCCUCGGCCCCGUUCCCCUGGUCUCUGCUCGGCCCUCAGUUUCCUUUGGAUGAACUUGCGUCCUUUCUCUAAUCCGCCAUGGAAUUCUGCUCCGUGCUUUUAGCCCUCCAGAGCCAAAGAAAGCCCAGACAACAGACGCCCAAACGCAGCGUAUAGCAGUAACUCCCCCAGCUCGGUUUCUGUGCGGUAGUUUACAGUAUUUAAUUGUAUAUAAUAUAUACUAUUUAUUGUAGCAUCUUCAAUACCUCAUUACGUUUACACAUCUUGAACGCCGGUCAGUAAUUCUAUUAUUAUUUAAAGAACCACUACACUAUAGAAAAUGUCAUCUACUGUGGCACCGAUUACUAGUACCCUAGCUACCGUUACUGCAUCUACUCCUGUUCCAUCGAUGGAUGACUAUCUAUGGAUGCUCAUCCUGGGCUUCAUCAUUGCGUUUGUCUUGGCAUUCUCGGUGGGAGCCAAUGAUGUAGCAAAUUCGUUUGGUACGGCAGUCGGGUCAGGUGUAGUGACUCUGAAGCAAGCCUGCAUCCUAGCCAGCAUCUUCGAAACUGUGGGCUCCGUCUUACUGGGGGCCAAAGUGAGCGAGACCAUCCGGAAGGGCUUGAUAAAUGUGGAGAUGUUCAACUCAACUAAAGAACUCAUGGCUGGCUCGGUCAGUGCUAUGUUUGGUUCUGCUGUGUGGCAACUAGUGGCUUCGUUUUUGAAGCUCCCCAUUUCUGGGACCCACUGCAUUGUCGGCGCAACCAUUGGUUUCUCCUUCGUGGCAUGGGGGCAGGAGGGUAUCAAGUGGUCGGAACUGAUAAAAAUUGUGAUGUCUUGGUUCAUUUCUCCACUGCUUUCUGGUAUUAUGUCUGGAAUUUUAUUCUUCCUUGUUCGUGCAUUCAUCCUCCGUAAGGCAGAUCCAGUUCCUAAUGGCUUACGUGCUUUACCAGUUUUUUAUGCCUGCACAAUUGGAAUAAAUCUCUUUUCCAUUAUGUAUACUGGAGCACCGUGGCUGAAAUCUUCUAGAAGGUGGCUGUCCUGCGCCCAUUUCAGAAGGCUGCAGGCUAGUUGCUGGGCUUUGACAAACUUCCUCUGUGGGGUACCAUCCUCAUCUCGGUGGGAUUUGCAGUUUUCUGUGCCCUUAUCGUCUGGUUCUUUGUAUGUCCCAGGAUGAAGAGAAAAAUUGAACGAGAAAUAAAGUCUAGUCCC